AUGGCCUCUCCAUCACCACACCAAUACCCCCGGNUCAAGCUACCUCAUCCUUUCCUCACAUCGUAUCGAGUCAAUGUCGUCUCGUCGAACGCACCUGCCAGACGAGUCUUGCACCUGGAAGAGCAACCUUUGAAUGGCAAAGCACUAGCUGAGGCAUUGCACUCGGACUCGUUGACAUGGCUUGACCUGCACACGACGUCCAAGGAAUCUCAUCCUCCGCUUAACGACAACAGUGAUUGGGCUCGUGCUGUCCGCGGUCCCCAGACGACCUUCAAAUGGUCAGACAGUACCGCUCCCACCCUUGGCCAGGUGUGGAACGUUGUCCACGCCAUCUACCUCGCCCAUCCCAACACUGAGCACUUCCGCUUGACGCUGCAAGGCGCAGAGAGACAGACCCUUCACGACGAGUUGCUAGCCACUGGUCUCGCCAUUGAACAUCCCAAGCCAUGGCACUUGCCCAGCGAGUCCGUUCCUCGUAGUAAUGAGCUUCUUAUCCUGCGCAGCUCCUUCUGGCAAGGCGCCGCAUCACCCACUGGCCCGCGUCCCAUCUGGGUUCUAGGCGACGGCAUCGACAAGCCCCUCCGUCAACCUCUCUCGAAUUACCCUCUGAUGCCCGAGAACCACCACUUCACCAUGAAGUUCCCCAACGAGCGCGUCUACGCCCGCCAUCCCAUCCGCCGCCCCAAGCCCGCUCCCCAAAGCAUAUGCUACUCGCGCUACAUACCCGAAGUAAACCAGCACUUUUCUCUUGAGGUUGUCGAUUGGACAUCCNCCGAACAUCUCAACCUCUUCCACACAUGGCAAAAUGACCCUCGCGUCGCAAAAGGAUGGAAUGAGACUGGAGACCUCGAACACCAUCGCAACUACCUCAGGAACUUACAUUAUGAUCCUCAUGUUCUUUGCUUGUUCGGCCGCUUCGACGACACUAGAUUCAGCUAUUACGAGCUGUAUUGGGCAAAAGAGGAUCACUACGGCGCACACUUUGACGCUGGAAACUACGACCGCGGCCGCCACUCCCUUGUCGGCGACUCCUCCUUCCGCGGUGCCAAGAGAGUCAAUGCUUGGUACAGCAGUUGCAUUCAUUACUGCUUCUUAGACGACCCUCGCACUGCCAAUGUGGUUGGUGAGCCUAAGGCAUCUGGAAGCAUCAUUCUGAGCUACGAGCAGAGUCAGGGUUUGGCUAUUGGCAAGUACGUGGACCUGGGACAUAAAAGAAGUGUGCAUAGUGUCGCGAGUAGGGAGAAGUGGUUCCAGCUCUGUCCGGUGUUCUGGGAUGGGAGGGAGAGACCUUUGGAGAGUGCUGAUAGAGCCGCUUGGGCUGCUAAGUUGUAG